AUGUUACAAUAUGUUUUUGGACGGGGCCACCCAGGUUACCCCACCAAGGAUGCUGGUGUCCUUCUCCCAUAUCGUGCUGAGUUUAGUUUUCUGGCAGCAAAGACGGCUAAAGAGAAGGCAGCCAAGCCUUCUUCUGGUAAAAAUAAGAAAAAGAAAUGGUCCAAAGGAAAGGUUAAGGACAAAGCCAACAAUGCCGUAGUUCUUGACAAAGCAACAUAUGACAAACUACAAAAAGAAGUACCAACUUAUAAAUUAAUUACGCCGGCAGUUUUGGUUGAUCGUCUUAGAAUUAACGGAUCCCUUGCUCGCAUUGCGAUUCGUGAGUUAGAAGAAAAAGGAAGCAUCCGUAAAAUUUCAACACAUUCAUCAUUACCCAUUUACACUCGUGCUACUGCUGCUAUAGAUAAACCAGACGAAAAAUAA